AUGAAAGAACUAUGGAUCAUAAGUGCUUACACUGCUAUGGUUGAAUUGUGGUUCUUAAGAAAUAAGAUUUACUAUGAUGUUGUUAAGCCUGUUUUAACCAAAAUUCAGUUAAGAAUUGCUAAAAGAGACCAUGAAUGUGAAGUUAGAUUGAAAGGUGUUAUGCGGGGAACUAAUGGUGAGAAAUCAAUCUUACGAUUCUUUAACAUCAAAGUCAGGAAAAUGAGAAGAAGAAGAAUUAUUGAAAUCUUUUUUUAUCUGCCAAAUGAGAAUGAAUUGUUGUUAUGCUGUGAUGGGGCUGCUAGAGGGAAUCCAGGCAAUGCAGGCUAUGGCUUUGUAGUAAGAAAUCAUGUUGGAGCUUUUAUCUUUGCAGAAACUGGUGGAUUAGGGAUUACUACUAACUAUGUAGCAGAAUUCAUUUCUUGUAUCAAGGCUUUAGAAUGGGCAGUUGAUCAUCACUUUUUUCAGCUAAUUCUGCAAACUGAUUCUAGUAUGUGUGCAAAUGCUUUACAACAACCGAAUAUCUCUUGGGUUUUACUAGCUAGAUGGAAGAGAAUUAUGGCUAGUAUUCAAUAUAUUACCUUCAAACAUGCCUACAGAGAGAUCAACUUUUCAGCUGAUCAUUUUGCUAAGAAGGGAACACAUCUACAGAAGGGGCAGACCUUGAGCUUCAAUGAACGGCCCAGCAACUUGCUAAGGAUUGAAUCCCCAGGGCAACCAUAUUACAAAUUUGUUUAG